AUGUACAGACCCCCCCGCCCCCCCCCCACCACGAACCGUCCAAAUAAGAAGGUUCGCCACCCCCGCACCACGGAUGGCGCCUGGGUUGUGUUUGCCGUUAACUACCUUUCCGGCGCCCGGGGGGGCCGGUUAAAACGGGCCAAAACGCCCGGUGCGGGGACGUCUUCCGGCUGCAAGAAUGUUGUCAAAUUGCCCCCCAAGUUACCCCCAGUUGACGAGGGCCAGAAGGUCAGCGAUAGCAAACCCCCACCCAGGAGCCGGGACUCACCCCCAGAUUCCUUCACCAUCACCCCUGCUGAAAAGAGCAUGGGAGUCUCGAGUGACUCAGUACGAGAGGGACUUCGAGCGGAUCUCUGCCGUCGUCCGCAGGGAGGUGACUCGCUUCGAGAAGGAGAAGUCCAAGGACUUCAGGAACCACGUCACCAAGUACCUGGAGACAUUGCUGACCUCCCAGCAGCAGCUAGUGAAGUACUGGGAGGCCUUCCUGCCCGAAGCCAAGGCCAUCUCCUAAAGCGGGGCCGAGUCGGCGCCGUGUGGACCCCGACUGCCUUUCUGGGUACCUCUGCCUCGUCCAGGCCUGGGCAAAGCCUCCUGGCAGCCUCUGGAGCUGCUGCUGGAGGUGUGCCCCUCCCCCCCUGCCCCGAGGAGCAGCUUUGCCAGCCACUUAACUCUUCUAACUGUAUAUUUUUCAUUUAGCAACAUCUAUUUUCUUACUGGGAGAGAAAUGUAGAGUUUCCUGCUUUGGGCCCUGCGCUGGGGCUUCACCAGUGCCUGGCCCUCAGGCUGGGGCCUGGCUCUCAGGCUGGGGGCUCUUAGGGCUCUUACUGAACUAUCUGACUCCUGCAGUGCCAUUAAACUUCUGGAAUAAAAACUUCU